ACAGACCAACCCGGACACUGAGGCGUACUGCGCAGACGCGAACAGCUGACUGGUGUGUGACAAACUUUUGGGACAAAGAAAUCAAACAUGAGUCACGUCGACGUGAAAAAUAUGAAGCCCACCAAGUUCGAGGACGAGUACUACGACGAGUACGAAUAUUAUAACCUGACUGAUAAAUACGCAGAAGGUUCGGCUCGGAAAGGCAGGACGAAGAAGGAGGCCAGCGACAACACCAACAGACCGAGCCCCGGAGGACAUGAGCGCAAGAUAGCGGAGAAGCUCCAGAACAGCGAGAAGAAGGCCAAGGAGUGACAGCUGAGAGAAUCUCGGACGGCUCAUCCCGGAAACCGACCACGGCCUCCUUGGCGACAGAACGAAACGUGCAGAUGGCAGGAGCGUCUGAGCUCCGAUGGGCGAGGUUCCACCUGGGCGUGGUGAAGGGCCCGCAGGUGUUGGAGAGCGCUCACCUGAGGUGGAAAGCACCCGAGUCCCCGUUUGGACCACGACGGUGCACCUGAGACUGCAGCGAGGCAGCUGGCUCAUUUCUAAGGAUCUCUUUUAAACUGAUUUUUAUCAUUAAAGACUUUUUAAACUCAU